AUGACAGAAACAAAUUACGAAAAUAUUAAUAAUAAUGUUUUGUUAUCAAAAUCGUACGAUUGGACCGAAUCAGAAUUUGAGAGUGAUUUUUUUCCGGAAAAUAAGAAGAAAAAAUUAUCGAAGGAAAACGAUAGCUCUCCUGUAAUUUGUCAUAUUUGUAAACAAAAUAUUUUAGAUCCUAAUACAAAAUUGUUUCAAGGUCUUAAGGAAAGCGCAUUAGAAGAAGAAGCUGCGCUAACAGAUGACCGCCUGCAGCUUUAUUGCGAUGGCGGUUUCAUUCCGGAGAUAGACAUAAAACCUUUACACAAAAUUACUUGUUUUACUGUAUUUGACGGUGAAGGGCAUUUAUGUCCUUUUGACACUGGUCUCAUAGAAAACGAUCAGUUAAUAUUUUUUAGUGGAUAUAUAAAACCAAUUUACGACGAUGACCCUAGUCCCAACAACGGGGUUCCUGCUCAGGAGCUGGGUCCAAUAGUUGAGUGGUGGAUUUCUGGAUACGAUGGCGGAAAUAGUUUUUUAAUUGCAUUUCGCACUCCGUACGCUGAGUACAUUUUAAUGGAAUCCAGUUCUGAAUACAGUUCUUUUAUGCGGAUACCGAAGCAGAAAGCCCUGUUAACAAAAAUUGUUAUUGAAUUUUUAAAUAAUACUUCUAAACCUACUUUUGAGGAGCUACUAAAUAGAUUGAAUGAAGUUUCCGUUCCGGAUGACAUUGAGCCUUUUGACGAACUUAGUAUCUGUAAAAAUGCACAGUUCAUUAUUGAUCAAGUUCGGGAAGUUGAUAGUAAUAAAAAACUUAUAUCAACUCCUGCGAUACAAGAUAUGAUAAAAAAAUAUAAAAUAAAUAUAGGAAAACUAGAUUACGGAAGAAAAAGAUUUGGUUAUAAGAGUAUUUUUAAAACAACAACAACAACGCCAUUGGUUAGGAAUCAUUUUAAAUUUUUUUUUAAUAAAGAAAACGGUUUAUCUGACAAAACCGCAAAAAAAAUUAAUUCGAUCGAUGAUUCGUCACCGAAAAAAAUAAUUAAAUUUUCAUGGGAAAAAAAUUCAAAUUUUGCUGUGGUAAAUGACGAAAUAUUUCACGUCAAAGAUUUCGUUGAAAUCAAUACUAAUCAAUCUGUAAAAGAGAACAAAGUUUUUCGAAUAGAACGAUUUUUCGAACAAAAUUUUACCAAGAAAGUUCACUGCAUCGAAUUUAUAAAGGGUUCAGAAACUAUUCUUGGAAAUGCUUGUGAUCCGUUUGAAAUUUUUUACAUUGAAGAAUGCAGCGAUUGGCCAAUUUGUAAAAUUACAAAAAAAUUAAAUGUGGAAAUAAGGAAGCCCCCGAGUACCUGGGAUCAGUAUUUAAAUUAUCAACCUACACCUUCGCAAAAUGUAUUUUUCAUUCAAAAAAAAUAUUUGGAGGCGUACGGAACGUUUGAAGAUUACGAAGAAAAUUCAAGUUCUGAAUGUAGCGUUUGUAACAAAAAAUUGAAAGAGGAAAAAGCUACGGCCAUUACUACUUUUGGUCAAAAAGUUCACGACUCUGGUAUUAUUCUCUAUGAAAAAAUAGUUCGUACGAAUGAAGAAUACGUUCCAGGUUGUUGUGUAUUUUUGGAACCCUUUUCCGUUGUUUUCGAAGCUCAAAAAUCAUCAUUAAGAAUCGAGAAAACUUUGGUCACCAUCAAAGCUAACGAAGUUAUUUACCCUGAAAUUUAUAGAAAAGCGAAAGAAAUCAAUUUGACUGAAGAGUGUCCAGAACCAUUUGUGGUUGCUUACGUCGAAAAUAUUUUUUCUCUUGUUGGCGGAUCACAAAAAAAUUUAUUUUUAACUGUAAAAUUGUUUUAUCGUCCGGAAAAUACUCGCGUUAUUAAAGCGGGUGAUAAACGACUAUUCGAUCUUCAAUUGCUUUAUUGGUCAGAAGAAGAGGUUAAGGUAUCACUCGAUCAUGUUCAAGGUCGUUGUAAUGUAAUUCAUUCGGAAUUUCCUCCUCAGGUGAAUUCGAAAAUCCAAUUUUAUUUUCAUUCUGGUUUUAAUUCUGCAAAUGAAACCUUUUACAAAGUUCAAAAUGCAGUUAUACGUAAUGCUGAAGAAAAUGUUAAAGAUGUUAAAAAGUUGAAAACGCUCAAUGCGUUUUCUGGAUGCGGAGGUUUAGCAGAAGGGCUACGACAGUCAGGUAUCGCUGAUAUUGCUUGGGCAAUCGACAUUGACAAACCUACGUCUGAAGCGUUCAAAUUAAAUUUUUCAAAUAUUGUAAUGUUUGAAAGUGACUGCAAUUUUUUUCUAAAGGAAGUUUUGUCCGGGAAAACAUUCGACAAGGAUGGAAAUCGUUAUCCCGAAAAAGGAGAAGUUGAGUUUCUAUGUGGAGGACCGCCCUGUCAGGGUUUCAGUACCAUGAACAGAUUUACAACUAAAGAAGAAUCUCAGUACAACAAUUCUUUAAUAAUAACAUACCUUUCAUUUUGCGAUUAUUAUCGACCGAAAUUUUUUUUAUUAGAAAACGUAAAAAAUUUUUUGUCAUUUAAAAAAUCCCUCUUUUUUAAACAUGUCCUUAGUUGUUUAGUUACCAUGGGUUAUCAGUGUUCUUUCGGGGUACUUCAGGCAGGUAACUACGGUUUGCCUCAAUCUAGGAGGAGAUUGUUUAUAUUAGCUGCUGCUCCAGGUUAUCGGCUUCCGUUCUUUCCUAAGCCUACGCAUGUAUUUUAUGGCUCGUUAAAAAACUUUGAUUCUGAAAUGAACUAUACAAAUUUUAGAUGUCGAUUUUCGAAAACUUUGUCUCCCUCGGCACCUUUUAGAAACGUUACAGUCAGAGAUGCAAUUUUCGACUUACCUCCCGUGGGCAAAGCAUCAAAUAAAAAUUUUUCAUCUUCACCAACUUCAUACCAAAGAUUUUUAAAGACAUCUUCUUAUUCGGUUCAUGAUCACAUCACCAAAGAAAUAAGUCCUCUAAAUGAAGCUCGAAUUCGGCACAUUCCUGCUUCAAAAGGAUGCGAUUGGAGAGAUUUACCAAACAUUCAAGUUCGCCUUCGAGAUGGAACCUUAACGAAUUUGCUAAAAUAUUCUUAUCACGAUCGUAAAAAUGGAAAAUCUUGUUGCGGUUUAUUGCGCGGAGUUUGUAGUUGCGCUUCGGGAAAAUCUUGCACUCCAAAAGCUCGACAAAACAAUACCUUAAUUCCUUGGUUUUUGGCUCAUACGGCUAAUCGUAAUAAUAAUUGGUCUGGCUUAUACGGUCGCUUGGAUUGGGAUGGUGUUUUUAAUACGGUGACAACAAAUCCGGAACCGUCAAAUCAACAAGGGAAAGUUUUACAUCCAGAAGAAGACCGCAUCAUCACAAUUCGGGAAUCUGCAAGAGCUCAAGGCAUGCCUGAUUCUUUUAAAUUUUACGGAGCUGUCGCCGAUAAAUUUAGGCAAGUGGGUAAUGCUGUACCGCCACCAAUAGCAAGAGCUAUCGGACAUGAAAUAUUAAAAAGCCUUAUAUUGGAAGAAAAAUUUUCCGAUUGUGAUGGAUAG